AAGCAGAAGCUCUUUUGUAGUAGCGCCUCUGCGGGCCUCGCCGUUGUUCAGCCACUCGUACCGGUACCGGCCACAAUGGAAACCUGUUUAUCUUGUUCUUCUGCCAAUACUAAAUUAAGCUCAUACGGGAGAACCGCCGUAGAAAGACGGCCAAAGUUUACUCUGCCCAAAGUAGAGGCUGCAUAUCAGAUUGCCAUAGGAGGUCAUCACACGGCGAAUUACUCUUUGUGUCACUUGUAUAUAACGUUGAAAGGUUACAUGAGACACUACGCAGAGGGUGAUGAACCAAAAACAAAAAAGUCCGUGACAUUACGCCGAUGACCACAAAUAUGGACCGUCCUGCGGACAUUGCAGGUACUCUUAGACUCACGUUGGCCUCCCCCGUGUUCCCCAAGCUGGCUCUUCUCCAACGUAGGCAUUCCUUGCAAUUCUCACUGUCCGUCUCUGCCGCUGCCGUAGGACGCUUUUGGAAGCUGUGCCCGGCUCUAAUAUCGCAGCAAUUCGGCGUGCUUGUGGCCCCAAACGUAAUCAACAGAUCCCCUGGCCGGCUGUUGCAGGGAUCCGCCACGCCAAAUGCAAAAAGUAUUUCUUACCGGUCAGUGGUCUAUUACGUGGCCGAGGCGCAACAGACACAGACCACUCUCGAAAAUCCUCAGUCGUUUGACUUUGCUUUGCUAUCAGAUAGCAAGCCUCUCAACCCAGUUUUUUCCUCCUUUAUACUCGUGGCGGUUUACAAGGAGAGAAGCAGAAAGGAGGAGUCCAUCAUCAUGAACUCUCCCCUAGGAUCACCGAGGCUCAUGUCCUCAGCCAGCCCCUUCCGCAACAAGGUGCCCACACAGAUGAGGCGGUGUCUGCCUCUCUACCUCGCCAUCGUUGGCGUCUUCCUCCUCAUUGUCAACUUCGAUUGGGUCUUGGCCAUACCCAGUCCCACCGCCGUCCUUCGCCGCCAACCAAAAGCCCCUGCUGUGCCCGGCAGCACAUUUCCGCAAAAGAUUUGGCAGACGUGGAAAGUUGAUCCUCUCAACUUCGAAGAGCGCGAUCUCUUGACGGCGCAGACAUGGACUCAGAAGAACCCCAGCAUGAGAUACGAAGUCAUCACCGAUGCCAACGAGAUGGCGUACAUUGAGGAUCGGUAUGGCCCUCAUGGCUACAACCGCCCAGACAUUGUCAAGUUCUACAAGAGCAUCAAUCUCCCCAUUAUCAAGGCCGAUCUUCUGCGAUACAUGGUCAUGUAUGCCGAAGGCGGCAUUUACGCCGACAUUGACGUCGAAACCAUGAAGCCUUUCCACCGCUUCAUCCCAGAUCGCUACGACGAAAAGGACAUUGAUCUGAUUAUCGGCAUUGAAAUUGAUCAGCCCGAAUUCAAAGACCACCCCAUCUUGGGGAAGAAGUCUAUGUCUUUCUGCCAAUGGACAUUUAUUGCACGCCCCGAGCAGCCCGUCAUGAUGCGAUUAAUUGAAAACAUCAUGAAGUGGUUCAAGGCCGUCGCCAGAGAGCAGGGCGUGGCCUUGGGCGAAGUGCAGCUCGACUUUGACCAAGUCAUUAGCGGCACUGGCCCUUCUGCAUUCACCACCGCCAUGCUCGAGGAGAUGAACCACAAGACAAAGGGACCCAAGGUCACCUGGGACCAGUUCCAUAACAUGGACGAGUCCAAGCUCGUGGGCGGCAUCCUCGUCCUCACCGUCGAGGCCUUUUGCGCCGGACAGGGCCACUCUGACUCUGGCAACCACAAUGCUCGCAACGCCCUCGUCAAGCACCACUUCCACGCGUCCAACUGGCCCAGCCGCCACCCCCGAUUCAAGCACCCUGCCUACGGCCAGGUCGAAGACUGCAACUGGGAUUCCGAGUGCAUUCGCAAGUGGGACGAGAACAUUGCCAGCUGGGACCACUACUCGGAGAAUGAGCAGAGCCAAAUCAUCCAGGACGUGGAGAACAAGCGGAUAGCAGCAGAGAAUGCACGACUGGAGCAAGAGCGGCAGCUACAGCUAUUAGCACAGCUACCAUGA